AUGCCUUUCCACGAUCUCAAUAUUCCCUACACUCCGUCCCAGCCGACUUCAGAGAUCAAUCACACGCUUUCGUUUGCCUCCGAAUUGGGAUACAGCACACUCGCUCUCAACCUGAGUCUACCUGGCAAACUCCCGCCGUCUCCUCCGUCAAUCCCCAUUUCGACGCUUAGUAUUCCACGAACACUCACUAUCCUUACACGCCUUACGAUAACGAUAUCCGAUGCCUCCCAGAACCACCGCCUAGCCUCCUACUCUCCAGCUUACAAUAUUCUUGCCCUGCGUCCAACAAAUGAAAAGAACCUCCAGCUGUGCUGCAGCAGCCUUGAAUGCGAUCUGAUAUCUCUCGACUUCUCACAACGCCUACAGUUUCCACUCAAAUUCAAGACUGUUUCAUCGGCGCUGCAGCGUGGUUUGCGCUUCGAGAUAUGUUAUUCCCCCGGGAUAUCCUCCUCCGCAUCCGAUGCCCGUCGGAACCUGAUCGGCGGCGCGACAGCGCUCAUCCGUGCAACAAGAGGACGGGGCAUCAUAUUCAGCAGCGAGGCGAGAAACGCCCUUGGUCUCAGGGGCCCAAACGACGUGAUCAAUCUUGCCUCAAUCUGGGGACUGGGCCAGGAAAGAGGAAAGGAAGCUCUAUGCGAGGAAGCAGGCAAAGUGGUCAGGCUAGCUAGCGUGAAAAGAACAAGCUUCCGCCUUGUAGUCGAUGUUGUUGACGGAGGAGGUCCUAUUGCCGAGCCGGCAGUGGCGACAAAUGCUGCAGCGCAGCAGAAUCAGCAACAAAUCAGGGUAGAGGCGCCUGCACAAACACAAACACAAACACAAAAUGCUUCAAAAGGUCAACAGAGACAGAAGCCAACCUCAACCGAACUUCGGGCGCAAAAAGACACCAGCGAGAGCCUGGGGUUGAACAGUCUCAAGCGUAAAGCCUCUAUGUCUUCUCCCCAGGAUCAAGCAGGUGACAAGCCACCGGCACUAUCAAACCGCGAAAAGAAGAGACGCGCGAAACAAGCCAGAAUUGAAGGCAAAGUAGGGUCCGACGAUCCCCGUUCGGUGAAUACCAAGAAAGACGGAAUCAAGAAGACUUCUGCUCCCUCUGCAUUCCCUAUCAAACACGAAGCGCUGUGCAACAAACAGUCCAAGUAG